AAGAUAAGGUGGGAAAUGGAGGCGCUGCUCCGCUCUCACCGCCUCCACUCUCGCCUCACGCCUCUGUCUCCGUCUCUCCUCCUCCACCACUGCCCAUGGAUGUCCAGUCUGCCGCUCCAUCGCUCCCACCUCCGAGGAGCAUCUCUCCUCGCCCGAGCCGAGGAGACGCCCCAAUCCGAAGCCUCCCGCAGCUCCGUCGAGGAUGCUCCCUCCGGAUCCCCUAAAAUUCCGGACAGCAAAGGAACCGGUUUCGGCGGAUCUACUGCUGUGGAUUCGGCGAGGAACAAGAAGAAGAAGAAAGGGCCAGGUAGAGAGAAAGGCUCCGUGAUUCGACGCUCUCCCUUAGACGAGAGCUCUCUGGUUUAUUCGGCGAGUAAGCAGGCGGAGUCUCAGGAGCUUCGAGAUCAGCAGUCGAUCGCCAAUGAGAGCUCGUUUCUCCUUAUUUGGUUGGGCCUGGGCGCGCUUAUCCUCGUCGAGGGCAUCGCUCUCGCUGCGUCCGGCUUCCUGCCGGAGGAAUGGGACGGGUUCUUCGUCAAGUUUCUUUAUCCCUCCUUCACCCCCACGGUUCUCCUGUUUCUCGUCGGCACCGUCGGUUAUGGAGUCUUCAAGUACCUGCAAGCUGAGAAAUUGAAGAGCUAAACACACCACCAGAGGCUCGUUCGCUUCUACUUCAGAUGUCGUCAAGUAAAUUUGCUCUUUCCAUUUCAAUGAGAAUCCUUAGGAGCUUGCGAAAUCCCUUGUAAAGUUAUAUGUUGUUAUUCAUAAUUUUCCUUGGAAGAUCUUAAGAAUACAAGCAGUUUUAUUUCGAAGGGAUUAAUAGAAAAUAAAAUGGCGAUCUUUAAGCCA